CCAACAAACAACACAUCCGGGUUGGAAAUGUUGUUUUGCUUGGAUGGUUGAUAUCAUAUUUCUCUGGAUAAACAUCACAAUUCCUGCUUUUUUAGACGUAAUGUUGCACGUUACAGAAUCGUUUUCUUCUAAGGAGACUUAAAUGCGUCACUAGGCUGCAUCUUAUAUAUUUGUUGUCAGUGUUUAGCUUAAAUAUAACCAGAAAGCUAAUGCUAAGCUAACUAGCAGGCUAACUAACAAAGCAUGCUUUUUAUGGUGAAAUAUUGUUAUUGAGCUGUUUUGUAUUUAACAUUACUCCGUUUAGCAUAAUCAGUCAGUACUGUAUCUUAAACCUGCAACAUGGGUUAGCUAAUGUUGAAAAUAAUCUCUUGUUCUGUACAAUCUACUUGCAAACUAACAGUUUAGCUAAACCAGUCAUCAUCACCUAGAUACACAUCGUUACCUGACUACAUACGUCAGUCAAGGGGAUCGAUACCCGUCUGGAGGUUUUGAUGGUUUGGACUGUCACUGUCAAGCCAUGCUAUGAUGGUGCUAAGGAGGCUCCUGAGGAAGCGCUGGGUGCUGGGAGUUGUCUUCGGACUGUCUCUCAUCUACUUUCUCACCAGCACACUCAAACAGGAGGAGCGGACCAUACGGGACCGCACACUCUUAGAGGUUAGAGAUUCAGACCAUCGCAUCCCCUGGAAAGUCCGUUUCAACCUCGGCAACAGCAGCCGACAGAUCACUCAGUGCAGAAACUCCAUCCAGGGCAAGACGCUGCUCACAGACGAACUUGGUUACGUCUGCGAGAGAAAAGAUUUGCUGGUUAACGGCUGCUGUAACGUCAAUGCUCCCAGCUCCAGACAGUACAUUUGUAAAAGCUGCCUGGCCAACGGCUGCUGUAGCAUCUAUGAGUAUUGCGUGUCUUGCUGCCUCCAGCCCGAUAAGCAACCUCUCCUUGAGCGCUUCCUGAAUCGUGCAGCUGAAGGUUUCCAGAAUCUCUUCACUGCUGUGGAGGAUCACUUUGAGCUGUGCCUGGCCAAGUGUAGGACCUCUUCACAAAGUGUUCAACAUGAAAACACCUACCGAAACCCUCAAGCAAAGUACUGCUAUGGAGAGAGUCCUCCGGAGCUGCUUCCUGUAUGAGCAUUUGACUUCUCAGAUUUAGGAAAUACAGCUGGCCAGCAAAUGCGUCCCUGUUCGGACACCUAAAGGUGCUUGGAGAAGAGACUCUCUGCAAAUGAACUGCUGUCUUGGACUAUUUUGCAUUAUUAGUGGCAAAGAGAUCCAAGACCAACCUCAAAAUGGACAAAUUCUGUAUGUGAUUUGAUUAUUUACACUUCAUAAGUGCAUAGAACGCUUCAUACAUUCAUCCGUGAUGAUCAUCAGGUCUACAUAUAGCAGGCAGCUCAUCUUCAAACUGGGUCAUGUCAUUAAAUAGGCUUCAUUUUUAAAAGAAGGCAUCAGCUGUUUCACAUUUUGUUGAAUCUUAAAAAAACAAAACAGCAAAGAAUGUCAUUACGUCUGUGUGUAGUGCAUGCAUAUGAAACUGCUAUUUAAUAAAGUGACUGUGAAAUUAAA